AUGGCUAUCAACAGAGAUUCCACUCCCCCACCAAUGAUCGGCAAGAUUGGCCCUUACACUGUGUUCAUGACUCCACCCUCCACACCAAAACCACCUGAACCGGUCUUUGAUUCCCCCAAGAAGGUGGCCCCACCUCCGGUUCAGCCGCCGCCUCAGCAAUUGGUGCAGCCUAUGGCUGUUUCAGAUUCUGCCGCAAAUGGCUCUGUCUUGGGGGUUUUUAAGAAUGCCGUGAACAAAGUUCAGAAGGCACAUUCAAGUUUGGAUGACCAUUUGGCACGUUGGUUUGGGUUGAAUCAGUCAAAAUAUCAGUGGGCACUAGAUGAUUAUUAUGAGAGCAAGGGAUUGGUUCUGAACGCAAAGAAGGCCAAUAUGUAG